GAAAAUCAGCUAAUUUUCUAAAUCUCUACGACUCAGAAUGAUUGUUGAAGACCAUUUGGCUGAAAUAUAGGCAUGACUUACCUUUACCCUAGUUUCUUUUACCAAGUCAAGAGUAUAGUUUCUGCCGUUUUUAGCCGGCUAGCUCGUUUCGUGUCUUAUUAUUGCCCUAUAAAUACACUAUACGUCAACAAGCAGGCAACAAGCAAUUACAAACAGGGCUUUUCCCCACACCCAAAUCCAAAAACAAUGGCCACAAAAGGUUUCUUGAUUGCCAUCAUCGUUGCAACAGUCACUGUUCCAGCUUUAGCAACUGAUUAUGUUGUAGGUGACAACGCCGGUUGGAAACUGGGUGUUAAUUACACUGCAUGGGCUGAGGGGAAAGACUUCUUCGUCGGAGACAGACUCAUAUUCAAGUACGGCCAGGGGGCACACAACGUUCACAGAGUAAAUGGAACUGCCUUCCAACAAUGUAUGGUCCCCUCACCACUUGAGGCUCUCACUACCGGAAAUGACGUGAUUACGCUAGCAACCCCUGGAAGGAAGUGGUACAUCUGUGGCAUUGGGGGUCAUUGCGCCUCUGGAAUGAAGCUUGUAAUCACCGUCGCUUCAGCAGAAGCUCCUGCCAUGGCCCCGGCCCCGAGCAUUGGAACGUCAGCAGCAGCCAAUCAUCAGAACUCCCCUGUGAGAUCUUGUGUAUGGAUACUUGUAGCAUUGGCCAUGUUUAUGCUGAUUUCCGCGUAGUAGUGGAGUGAUAUAGCUUGUAGUUUUUUGCAUGAUCUCUUCCUUUUCGUUGAUUGAUUUCUUAUUGCAUUCCUACAUCAGUUGUCUUGUAAUCUUUUGAAAUUAAUUCUUUUGUUUUUGGUAAUGUUUUCUUGUUCUUUCAAUUGUCUAUAGUCACAUUGUUGUUGCUGUAAUUGGAAAUGUUGAAAUGAUUGAUAUAUACACUAUGUUAUUCACUUCUUGUUUGCUUGUAACAUGUGAUGGCUAGGCCAUACUUUUUGG